UUAUUUUUAUUUCAAUUUUUAAAAAAAUUUUUUUUUUUUAAGUUAAGUUUUGAAAUAAAGAAAUAAUUAUAAAGAAUAUAUAAAAUUUCAAAUUUCGUACAUAAUUUUUAAAUAUAUAUUGAUACAAUCGACAUGUGUAGUCCGAAUGAUUUUCAAAAUAAGUUAGAGCAGUUUCUUUUAUCUCCUUCACGUGGUUUACCUUCAUCUCCUCCACGUGGAUUUAUUAAUGAAAUAGAUUAUAAUGAGCUUACAUCAUUUGAAAUCAUUGGUAGGGGUGCAUAUGGAACUGUUCAGAAAGCAAUAUGGAAGAAUAAAAUGGUUGCAAUAAAAACUAUAGAAAAUCAGAAUGAUCCAAAAGAAUUCAAGGAUGAAGCAAAGCGUUUAUCAAUGGUGCAACACAAAAAUAUUAUCCAACUAUAUGGAACAAUUGUAAAUGGACCAAAACAAUGUUUAGUGAUGGAGUUGGCAGAGUGUGGUUCAUUAUACACUUUGCUGCACACACCACUUGAUACUGAAGCAAUUCAUUACACAUUUGCUCAUGUGUUAAGCUGGUCAUUGCAAUGUGCUGAAGCAGUUGAGUAUCUACACAAUAUAAAGCCAAAACCUAUUAUACACAGAGAUCUGAAACCAUUAAACAUGUUAUUGAUGAAAUCUGGCACUGUUUUGAAAAUUUGCGAUUUUGGUGCAGCUUGUCAUCUUCAUUCAGAUAUGACUUCUAAUAAAGGAACUCCAUCUUGGAUGGCACCAGAGGUAUUUGAAGGUUCAAGAUAUGGUGAGAAGUGUGAUGUUUAUAGCUUUGGUAUUAUACUGUGGGAGAUGCUAACAAGAAAAAAACCAUUUGAUGGAAUUCCAUGUCAAAUUAUGUGGAAAGUUAUGCACGGGGUUCGGCCUGCUCAAAUAAAAGGUGUACCACAAUGCUUUGAAGUACUUAUAAAGAGGUGUUGGGAGAAAGAAGAAAAAGAUCGACCUGCUUUUGUUGAUAUUGUCAAGUUUUUAAAAAAAGCCAACUUGUAUGUCACUGGUGGAAGUUUACCUAUAAUGGAGCCUGCUUAUAAACAAUUACCUUGGUUUGAUAGUGAAAUUCAGUCAUCUGUAUCCAUCAAACAAAACAACCAAGAACGAAAUAUUGAAUCCCGCCAACCAAUAACCCCUGAAAAUAUUUCUACGUCUUCAAUAAGAACUAAUGAACACUUUCAAUUAAUGCCACCAACCCCACCCUCAAAGUUUUAUGAUCCAUGUCAAAGCCAAUGGAAUUUAAUUCCACCUGACUUGAUGCCAAUUUGCCCUCUAGAAGAUCCAAGAUCUUAUCACAUUUAUGAAAAUUAUAUGGAAGCAUUAAAAAAGUAUAUAUCUAUCCAAAACAAUAUAGAGUUUCUCAAACAAAGAAGAGAUAAUUUGAAAAAGAAUAUAAUUGAUUUACAUAAAGAACAAAGUAAAGAUCCUUGUCUGGCCGACUUCAUCGCAGCUCAAGAAAGCAGGCAACAAUUGCUGGAAAUGCUCAAAACGAUAAAACCAUUGCUAGAAAAUGAACGCGCUAAAUUCGCUAAAAAGUCUUUAAUAAAUCGAUAAUUUUUUAUUAAUUUAUUUCAAUUUAUAAUAAAAAAGCCUUUUGACCGAAAUAUUUUUUUCUAAUGAGACUAUUUUUUUAAUAAUUCAAAAUAUAUGGCCAAUCAAAUAUUUAUUAAACAACGAUUAGAUAACGACGCACUAUAUUUUUUAAGUUUUAUUAAUGCUUGUUGCUCGUUUGAAUUUAUUGUAAUAAAUAACACAGUGUAA